AGGGGUAGCCAACUAGCUAGGUAGCAUAAGCAGCCAAUAUCUGUCUCUCUUCUUCUGGCGUCGUGACUUGUACAGCCAACACACCAGCGAGUAGCGUUUAGGCAUGGAGACAAAAAUUUCAGGAAAGAGUUUUCGUGUGAGCGACGGAGACUGGAUUUGUCCUGAUAAAAAAUGUGGAAAUGUGAACUUUGCCAGAAGGACAAGCUGUAACAGAUGCGGCAGGGAAAAAACUACAGAGGCAAAGAUGAUGAAAGCGGGAGGAACAGAGAUCGGCAAGACCUUGGCAGAGAAGAGUCGGGGCCUCUUUAGUGCAAAUGAUUGGCAGUGUAAAACCUGUGGCAAUGUGAAUUGGGCCAGGAGAUCUGAGUGCAACAUGUGCAACACACCCAAAUAUGCCAAGCUUGAGGAAAGAACAGGAUAUGGUGGGGGGUUCAAUGAGAGGGAGAAUGUGGAGUACAUCGACCGAGAGGAAUCUGAUGGAGAAUAUGAUGAGUUUGGGAGAAAGAAAAAAAAGUAUCGUGGGAAACCUGUGAGCAAGUCUUCCUCGAAGGAGAUUGAAAAGAAAGUCGAACCAGUGAAACCAGAAGAUGAAGAGGAAGAGGAGGAAGAGGAUGAAGAGGAAGGAGACCUUUCAAAAUACAAGCUAGAUGAUGAUGACGACGAUGAUGAUGAUGAUGAUGAUGAAGAAGAAGAUGAUGCUGACUUGUCGAAGUACGAUCUGGAUGCCAGUGGGGAUGAGGGGGAGAAGGACAAGCCAGCUGAAGUGAAGAAUAGCCCCCCAGGGUCUUCCCGAUCCUCCUCGGGCUCUUCCAGCUCCAGCUCUCGGUCCAGGUCCAGAUCCCAAUCUAGAAGCUCAUCCACUUCCAGAUCUCACUCCAGUUCCCAAGAGCGAGACCGGUCUCGCAGGUCCAACUCCAGAUCCAGCUCCAGGUCAGAAAAGGGCGCUUCUCCCAGGAAGAGGUCUCGCUCACCCUCCUCCUCACCAGAAAGAGGAAAGAAGCGCAGGCGCUCCAGGUCCUCAUCUGGAGAGAGAAAAAACAGGCACUCUAGAUCACGAUCGUCCGAAAGGCGCCGUGGCCAGUCCUCUGGAUCUUCCCAUUCAGGCUCAAGUUCAAAAAAGAAAUAACUUUAAAGCAGCCUAUUAAUAAAAAAAAAGGAAAAACAAGUCUUAAUGCAAAUGGGUGUGUUUAAAAAAGAAAAAGGAAAAAAAGAAAAAUUGCAGGAUGGAUCGGUUCAUUGUGCUGUUUAGUUUACCAGAGCGUUGCAGUACACAAGAAAUAUUAUUUUCCUCAAAAUAUGAAAAUGGUAGCAUAUCUGUUCUCUUUACUUUUCAAUACACCCAGCCUUCUUCUAGCUCAACUACGAUCCGUGUUUGUAACAAGUGUGUAACUAGGUGUUCAAUAGGCUUAUGGUUUCCUUUUUGAGAGAAACUGAAUAAUAUUGUGAAUUCUACAUCAAUUUUUUAUUCUAACUGCAGAAUAUCAUGGAAGGCCUCAUUUUAAAUGAAAAGAGCAUCGAAUUAACUUACAUUUUUGCCAAGGGUUUUUUUAAAGAUGUUGGUGUUAUAAACUUUUAUUUUAGGGAAUUUAGGGAAUUUUAUUUGGCAAGAUUGUGGGAUGCAAAAGGUAUUAAUAACUAGUCUGUAAAACCAUCAUCUUGGUUUUCACCAAAACUUUAGAUAUUUGUUUUACUGUUUUGGCUUUCUCUUUGUUUUGAGGUGACGGUAAGUAUUGUUCUUUACUUUGAUAUUUAUUAUUUUUAAUAAGGAAUUCAAUUGGUGUCAUUUUUGGUUUAGUAAACAAAAGCUUUGGAGCAGGCAGUUUAAGUAUUAGGUGCUAUCACUAGUACCUUCUUAACUCAUUGUUUCCCUAAAGUAUUUCUUACAGUAAUUCUUCCUUAGCCUAUAAAAGCACUGGACAAAAAUGUUUUGAGUCUAUGUAACGCUCAUUACCAAUGCUUCAGGAAAUUCAUUAUUUUUCUAUUGUGCCAGCUAAAAUCUUUUUGUUCCCCUGGUCCUGCGUCGUAUACUCAAGCUGUUCAAGAUUACUGCACAGUAAGAAUAAUUUAAAAAAACAUAUCUAAUUGUUUUUUCUUCUAAAUGACAGCAUCAAUGGAUUGUGAUAAGGUCUCAAUCACUAAACUGAAACUGAUGUAAGCAACAUGUGAAUAAAAUCCUGUCAAAGUC